AUGUUCCACAGCUUCUCCAACGGUCGACAUUGCAAGUUUGUUGUCAUCGAGAACGCCAAGUUGACAAUCGCCAUCAGAAAGAUCUGGAUGCUCAGCAGGAUCCGCCACUGCUUCACGCUGCCGACCAGACGGAUGAAGAAGAGACAGAUCGAUAUCUUGGCCAACGUCGCGCCCAUCAUGAACCACGGCUGGCCCAGGAAGUCAAACUCCAAAGCGCUGGCCGAACUGCGCAUGGAGCUACCCUCUAUGAUGCUGAAGACCGUGCCGAUAAACGCAACAACCUUGCAAACCCCCCGGGCCUCAUGUCAGUACGCAGCAAACACUCUCGCAAAGCUCCCCCGUUGGACAUACCAAGGCAACGCCGAUGGCGUAGUCGUCCAUCCCGACAUCGUUGCUGAUCCUCUUGCGCACGCAGAACCUCACGAUGCAGGUCGCAAAGGCGAAGCUCGCGGUGCCCACCGAGACGGAGAGAAGGACCGGCCCUCGCGAAAGGUCUGCAGACAUGGCCGUGCCGCUGCGCAGCUCAAAGGGGAAGAGAAAGGGACUCUCGUGGCGUGCUCGCUCUUCUAG